AUGGCUGGCCCACAGCAGCAGCCACCUUACCUGCACCUGGCCGAGCUGACGGCGACCCAGUUCCUGGAGAUCUGGAAGCACUUCGAUGCAGACGGAAAUGGGUAUAUUGAAGGUAAAGAGUUAGAAAACUUUUUCCAAGAAUUGGAGAAAGCAAGAAAAGGCUCUGGCAUGGUGUCAAAGAGUGACAACUUAGGGGAGAAGAUGAAGGAAUUCAUGCAGAAGUAUGACAAGAACUCAGAUGGGAAAAUCGAGAUGGCGGAGCUGGCACAGAUCCUGCCGACCGAGGAGAACUUCCUUCUGUGCUUCAGGCAGCACGUGGGCUCCAGCACCGAGUUUAUGGAGGCCUGGCGGAAGUAUGACACAGACAGAAGCGGCUACAUUGAAGCCAAUGAGCUCAAGGGAUUCCUGUCUGACCUGCUGAAGAAGGCGAACCGACCAUAUGAUGAACCCAAGCUCCAAGAGUACACCCAAACCAUACUACGGAUGUUUGACUUGAAUGGGGAUGGCAAACUGGGCCUCUCGGAGAUGUCCCGACUCUUGCCUGUACAGGAAAACUUCCUGCUUAAAUUUCAGGGCAUGAAGCUGACCUCGGAGGAGUUCAACGCGAUCUUCACAUUUUACGACAAGGACGGAAGUGGCUACAUUGAUGAGAAUGAACUGGACGCCCUCCUGAAGGAUCUGUAUGAGAAAAACAAGAAGGAAAUGAACAUCCAGCAGCUCACCAGCUACAGAAAGAGCGUCAUGUCCUUGGCUGAGGCGGGAAAGCUCUACCGCAAGGACCUGGAGAUUGUCCUCUGCAGUGAGCCCCCCCUGUAA